AGCAAAGCAAAAAAAAUAUAAAACGAACUUUUCGUCUUUUUGUUUUUUCGUUCUUCGUUACCAAACUUGAAAAAUCAAACUCAGUUGUGGUAAAGAGAGAGCAGAAAUUUGGGUCAAAGUAAAAUUAAAUCGCAACAAGAAGAUGAUAGAAAAUUGAAAAAUGUCUGAAUAAUUUAACACUGUGGUGUUAGCGUGAAGAACUUAAUGGAUUUCAGCAUUGAACCUCAUCUCUGUUCCUGAUUUUCCAUGGAUGCACAUCGUAAACACCAGGUAUCAUUGAGAGGAGCGAGUGCGAAGGAGAUAACGCGUGAUGAUCUUCUUCAGAAGGUCUCACGGGAAAGAGAGCUUCGUAAUUAUGCAAAACGUGCUGCUUCUGCUGCUCUCUUCAUUCAGAGAGUAUGGAGGCGCUUCAAGGUUACAAAGAUGGUUGCUCUGCAGCUUCAACAGGAGUGGGAGACAUCAGUGAACCGUUAUACUGGGGUGAUGACUGCAAUUUGGAUUUCAAACAAUUUGUUGAGGCCAUUUUUGUUCUUUAUAACCCGUUUCUCAAAUCGGUAUCAGAAGGUCCAUAGCAAGAAAAUAGAUUCUAUGAGGAUGUGCUUUACAAUCUUAUUGGAAAGCUUGAAAUCUCCUGAUUUAAAGCGGAACUUUUGCUUUUUAGCAAUUGGUACAACUGAAGAGAGAAGAAUUUGGAGUUACCAGGCACAGCAUCUUACUUCUCUUGGUUUUUUUAUUCUUUCAGAGUACAGUGAAUACAAUUCAGGGGCUCAAGAUAUUACUAUCGUUACAUCUCUAGCAAUGCGUAUUCUUGUAAUUUUAACUGAUCUAAAAGGAUGGAAAGGCAUUACAGAUGACAACCGCUUAGAUGCAGAUUUAUCUGUGAAAGGUUUAGUUGAGUUCACAGGGAGUAACAAAAGUAGUAGUUAUGUUUCUAUUGCUAGAUAUAUUAGUGCGUUGGAUAAUUAUUCUUCCCAGACAAAAGUUAUCACCCAUGAAAGUGAUAAAUUUUUUAUCACUGCAAGUGCAAUAACUUUAGCUGUGCGACCAUUUUAUCUGAAUUUUUUUGAUGGAGAAAGGCCUGAUAUACUGGAUGUCAACCAUGCUGCUAAGCAAUAUAUUGUACAUCUAAUGACUAUUCCCUGGCUCGUGCAACUUCUCCCACCCGUUCUUCUACCUGCUUUAAAGCACAAGUCUAUUUUGUUCCCAUGUUUUCAGACACUAUUGAUUUUGAAAGAGAAUGUUUUAAUGGAGAUGUCAGAGUUGGCUAAGUCAGAAGUUAUUGUCUCUUUCAAGGAAAUUCCACCAGUUGGUUGGUCUCUCGCUAACUUUAUAUGCCUAGCAACAGGGAAUGAAAAUGACUCUGUAGACUCCAGAUCCUUCAAUCAAGGUUUAGACUGGGCGUUGUAUGUCCAUGUUAUUAUCACUCUAGCAGAAAGUCUACUGGCUUAUCUUUAUAAUAUUGAAUGGCUAAAAAAGAAGAAGAAAUCUUUUCAAACUGAUGUUGAAAGUUUAAUACAGCCGGGGGAUAUGGUUCUGCAUGAGGGUGAAGCAACCCAUGAAUCGUUAAUAAUGUCAUACAUGGAUCAAUUUAGGCCUGUUUGUCAGCAGUGGCAUCUCACAAAUCUUUUGGCAUCAGUGAAUAGUGAUGCCAUUAAGAAGGCUGAGACUUCUAUCUCAAACAGUGUGGUACAGUUGGCGAAGAUAGAUCUUGGUGAUGUUGCACUUUUUUAUUCUAACUUCCUUAGAAUAUUUUCAGCCUUGAGUCCAAUUCGUGGCUCAUUACCAGUUCUUAACAUGCUAUCAUUUACUCCCGGAUUUCUUGUGAGAUUGUGGGGUGUACUGGAGGAUUCCUUUUUCUCUGCAGACAAACAUAUUUCUGAUAAUCACACAAGUGAAAAUGCAAAACAUAAAGAUUUUGAGAAGAUUCCAAAACAGGCAAGUAAAGAUGGAGGCAGUAAGUGGGUCAGCGCCCUUCAUAAAUUUACAGGUAAAUCACAAACUGCAACAAACUGCACAGAUGCCAUUGGCAGUCACGCUGCAACUAGCAAAGUGAAUUUAGAUUCAUCAGAUGUAUGGGACAUUGAACCUAUGAGGCAUGGCCCACAAGGCAUUCCAAAGAAUAUGUUUGCUAUGCUUCAUCUUUUCUGUGCGACCUAUUCUCAUCUGCUUUUAGUUCUUGAUGACAUAGAGUUUUAUGAGAAACAGGUUCCAUUCAAGUUAGAGCAGCAACGAAGAAUUGCAUCAAUGCUCAAUACCCUGGUCUAUAAUGGCUUGUCCCAUGUUAAUGGUCAUCACAGCAGGGCCCUCAUGGAUUGUGCUGUCAGAUGCUUACAUUUAAUGUAUGAAAGGGAUUGCAGACACCCAUUUUGUCCUCCUGACUUGUGGCUUUCUCCUGCCAGAAAAAGCCGGCCACCAAUUGCAGUUGCUGCUAGAACUCAUGAAAUUUUUUCGGCCAACCUGAGAUCUGAUGAUUCAUUAACUUCCCUGAGUGUAGGCUCUGUUAUCACCAUAACUCCUCACGUUUUCCCGUUUGAAGAGAGAGUUGAGAUGUUUCGUGAAUUCAUCAAGAUGGAUAAAGCCUCACGCAAAAUGGCUGGUGAAAUUUCUGAACCCGGUUCACGAGCCAUUGAGAUAGUAGUACGCCGGGGUCAUAUCGUUGAAGAUGGAUUUCGACAAUUAAAUUCACUUGGUUCAAAGUUGAAGUCGUCCAUCCAUGUAUCGUUUGUCAGUGAAUGUGGCCUUACGGAGGCUGGUCUGGAUUAUGGUGGAUUAUCUAAAGAGUUUUUGACUGACAUGUCAAAAGAAGCAUUUGCCCCAGAAUACGGGCUUUUUACCCAAACCUCAACUUCAGACAGGCUCCUAAUUCCAACUCCAUCCGCAAGAUUUCUGGACAAUGGUCUUCAAAUGAUUGAGUUCCUUGGAAGAGUAGUUGGUAAAUCUUUUUAUGAAGGAAUAUUACUUGAUUACUCUUUCUCGCAUGUUUUUGUUCAAAAGCUAUUGGGACGAUAUAGCUUUCUUGAUGAAUUAUCAACACUUGAUCCGGAGCUAUACAGGAAUCUCAUGUAUGUCAAGAGUUAUGAUGGUGAUGUCAAGGAGCUCUCUCUUGAUUUCACAGUUACUGAAGAAUCAUUUGGCAAAAGGCAUGUGAUUGAGCUCAAGUCUGGUGGCAAAGAUAUUUCUGUGACAAACGAGAACAAGAUGCAGUACAUACAUGCAAUGGCAGACUACAAACUCAACCAACAGAUAUUGCCCUUUUCAAAUGCAUUUUAUCGAGGGCUAACCGAUCUUAUAUCUCCAUCCUGGUUGAAAUUAUUUAAUGCUAGUGAAUUUAAUCAGUUGCUUUCAGGUGGCAAUUACGAUAUUGACAUUGAUGAUUUUAAAAAUAACACACGAUACACUGGUGGUUACAAUGAGGGGAGCCGGACAAUCAAAAUCUUCUGGGAGGUGAUUAAAGGCUUUGAACCGAAAGAGCGUUGUAUGGUUCUUAAAUUUGUCACAAGUUGUUCUCGUGCUCCAUUACUUGGGUUCAAAUACUUACAGCCACCUUUUACCAUCCACAAGGUUGCAUGUGAUGUCCCUCUUUGGGCGACAAUUGGAGGACAAGAUGUUGAGCGGCUUCCAUCAGCUUCAACCUGCUACAAUACUCUUAAGCUUCCAACAUACAAACGUCCAAGCACUUUGCGAGCAAAGCUUCUAUAUGCUAUAAGUUCAAAUGCCGGAUUUGAACUUUCCUGAUUUGCUACAGGUGUUCAGUUCUAAUUCAAGGAAUUUGAGAAUAGUGUAUUUGGUCCCUCUACUUUUAGGCCAGGGGCUGUUUUCUCAAACUCCCAGACAUGCUAUUGGUUUAAUUUAGAAGGAUAUUGGAUUAUUGGUUGCUUCCAGAGCCAAACGGAGUACGACUGCAUGCAAACAGACGGUUGGUGCGAUGGUUGUUACUCCAAAAGUCCCCAUUAUCCCAGUGCAUGGAGAUUCUGUUGUAUUUGUUCAUACUGGAAACAAUGUGGUACUCCUAUUUAUUUUAAGCAGGUGUGUAAAUGAAAAAUAAUGAUCGUUACGCCUAAAAAGUAAAUGGUUUAUUAAUUUAUAAAACUAGAACUAGAAUGGCAUAUGUACGUCGGGGUCAAAUGAGUGUUUAAUCUGGUUAUCGUUGUCCAUUA